CCGAAUUUUCCGAGAAGCAAGUAAGUCCUGAUUGCGCCCGACCCGCCCAUGCGCCAGAUCAGCCCGAUGCAAGCACGACGAAGGGGACGCAACUGCCCACACGACCUCGUGAAGCUCGCCAAGAAGUACUCGCCCGUGCUCGUCAAGGGCUUUAGCACCGGCAACAUUGCCGUCGUCGACAAGCGCAGCUGGCUUGAAGUCUGCGACCGCAAGCACCGGUACGGCGCCAACCUCCGCGCGUACUACAAGGAGUGGAAGCGCUACGAGGGCCCGAAGCCAGGCUUUUGGGAGUGGCUCGACGACGAGUCGGUUGAAGUCGACGGCGUCCCGCGUGCCAAGCUCGAGAGCGAAACCGUACUCUACUGCGACAAGGCCGAGCGCCAAAAGUUUGCGCUCACGUUCCGCGAUGGCAUGCUGUACACAGUCGCCGACGACGCGCCCGUCGAGACGGGCGACGAUGGCUGGAUCUUUGUGCUCCGCGACGGCGUCCUCUAUGGCAGCGAGAAGGUGACGACGCAGGUGCCCCGCAUCCACCACACAAGCUUGUCGGGCGGCGAGUGCGUCCAGACCGCGGGCAUGAUGGUCGUCUCGAACGGCACGCUCAACAUUAUUUAUCCCCACAGCGGCCAUUACCGGCCGUCCGAGAACGAAGUGCUCGUGCUGCUUCGCUUCCUCGAAGGCCAUGGCAUUGAACUUGAAGACGUGCUCGUCGACGUCCAGCGCAUCCAAAAAGUCUCGCGCGAGCGCUCCAACAACGUCAAGGUCAAGAAGCUGGACAACGCCCAUUUCUGGAACGGGCGGAUGGCCCUCGACUUUUUGGAGCUCAAGGACUUUGUGUGGCACAGCGACUUGUUUGUCGACCUCGAGCGCUGCGUCGCACACAUUGAGCUCCAGCGCCACCACCACCUCGCCGAGGCCGAGCAGCAGCGACUCAUGAAGGCGCUCGCGCUGCCGCGGACGUCGUCGUCCGAGUGCGUUUGCGGCGACGACGACGUCGACAUGCUCGACGACUGCGGCGACAUGGACGCCCACCCGCUCGCGGGCUGCGCGCUUGACGUUGUCGACGGUCCCUUGUACUUUUAACUUACCGCCUCUCGUGGCCUCCUCAUCGUUGUCGUCGUCACCGUCAUCCUCCCACUCCACUUCACCAUUAUCACCACCAUCCACGCGUAGCUACUAGUUUGUAGGCAGGACUUAACC